AUGAAACCACCAGCGACCUGCCAGACUGCGGUCGUUCAGUCCAAGAAAGGUUCCGCGGAAUCCGGCCUCCCAUUGAUCGUCGCCCAGUCCAGGCCCAUGCCGCCUGACCUACCGACGCCUCAUCAUGUACUCGUUCGCGUUUUGGCCGUGGGCCUCAACCCCACUGACUUCAAGAUGGUCACUCACUUCUUCAUGGAAGAUAACUCAGUCGGAUGCGACUUCUGCGGUAUCAUCGUCGAAGCGGAGCCCGAGGCAAUGCACUCAGUCGGCACGAGGGUGGCCGGCGCCGACUUUCCCUACCGGCCGAACAAUCCCAACAACGGAGCCUUUUCAGAAUACGUCGUCGUCGAUUCCCGACAUCUUCUUAGAGUUCCGGGUUCGAUGUCCGACACGCAAGCUGCUGGACUUGGCGCUAUUGGAUGGGGCACCGCUGCUCUGGCUAUUUCCGACCCGGAAGCUUUGAACCUGCCCGGCAUGCCGGCUUUGCCUGCCGAGAAACAACUCCCCGUGUUAGUUUACGGCGGUGCCACUGCCACGGGCCUCAUGGCGAUUCAGAUGCUGAGACUCUCAGGUUACGCUCCGAUUGCCGUGUGCUCGAGCAAGUCGGCACCUCUAGCUAUGAGGCUUGGCGCGGUGGGGACGGCCUCUUACACGUCGCCAACCUGCGCCCAGGAUGUCAAAAGCAUUGCGGGCGGUGCGGCUAUCAAACACGCUCUCGAUUGUAUCACCGAUGCUGAGUCCGCCGCCGUCUGCUUCGCGUCUCUAGCUCGCGUCGGCAGUCGCUAUGCUUGUCUCGAGGCCAUCCCGGAUGCUUGGGUGGCCCGUCGAUCUGUCGCGCUUAAGGUUGUCAUGGGCUUCGAGGGGCAGGACCGUGACGUUGAUCUGGGUCAUCCGGUUUAUUCGCGGAAGGCUAAUCCGGGAUUACACGCCGUCGUUGCUCGUUGGGCUCGCGAACUGCAACCGGCAUUGGACGAAGGAAGGUUGACGACGCAGCCAAUUCGGGAAGUGGGUGGUCGUUUUGAGGGUGUUAUCGACGCCUUGGAGAUGUUACAGAGGGGAGAGGUUAAGGGUGAGAAGCUGGUGGUUUCCAUCUCAAAUUGA